GAUCACAAAACAAGACCCCCAGAUAGGUCUAAUUCUUCAAACAAACAGAAAAUGGCGUUGAGCAACAAUGUGAUAGGUGCAAUCAACUUCGUUGCUACGCUGCUCUCGAUCCCGAUAAUCGGUGCCGGAAUCUGGCUUGCCAAUCAACCAGACAAUUCGUGUAUGAAGAUCUUUCAAUGGCCCGUUAUAACAUUGGGGGUCUUAAUCUUGGUUGUAGCUCUAGCAGGGUUUAUAGGAGCGUUUUGGCGCACCCCUGUGCUCCUUAUGGCUAACCUUGUUGCCAUGCUCGUCCUCAUCAUAUUGCUUGCAUGCUUGGUUAUUUUCAUCUAUGCUGUAACCAUUAGAGGCUCGGGCCACGCCGAACCUAGUCGGGCGUACUCGGAAUAUCAUCUCGAAGAUUUCUCGGUAUGGCUUCAAAGAAGAGUCCGAAGUUCUUACAAGUGGAAAAGGAUAAAAACAUGUCUGAGCUCAACACAGAUAUGUCCUCAACUGAACCAGAGUUAUUCAUCAGCUAUAGAUUUCUUUAAUUCUCAUUUGUCUCCCAUAGAGUCUGGAUGCUGUAAGCCACCAACAGCGUGUGGAUACACAUUUGUGAACCCAACAAACUGGAUUAGCCCCAUUAGCAACAUAGCAGACCCCGAUUACGUACAGUGGAACAAUGACCAAAAUCAACUCUGCUACAGUUGUAAUUAUUACACCUGUUUUGACUUUAAAUUAAUAGAUUUAAGUCAGAGUUUACUAUUCUGUACAUGUCCUGAAAUGUGA